CGUUCGGUUCAGUUCGCGUUUGUCAGCCGUUCGAGAUGGAUGUAAUCGUGGGUAACAGUUUGGUGGCUACGACCGGUCAAGCGGUAACCAUGGCCGGUGGCGGCAGUGGCAGUGGCGGUGCAUUGGCACAAUCAUCAGCGUCCCGGUCGCUGCGAGUGCGCACAUCGAGCCAAAGUGGAAAAUUUAACGACGGUGGUGCUUUAAGUGAAAUUCAGCUUUGUCCCAGUGUGAUGUCCGAGGAUACCAAGAAGAUGCUUCCGCCGACGACGGAAACCAUCCAAACCAAACCGUUCCCGAUACGAGGUGAACGUGCCAACUAUGUAAACAGUCCACAUGUUAUUGCGAUGGUAGGGUUGCCAGCGCGAGGCAAAACAUACAUUUCCAAGAAACUCUCGCGCUACCUGAACUGGAUCGGGAUUAACACGAAGGUAUUCAACCUGGGCGAGUACCGGAGACAUGCCACCGAUGCCUACCGAAGUCACGAGUUUUUCCGACCGGACAACGAGGUUGCGAUGGCCAUCCGGCAGCACUGCGCCGAGAUGGCACUGGAGGACGUUUGCCAGUGGCUGGAGAAUGGCGGCGAAGUGGCGGUGUUCGAUGCAACCAACUCGACCCGCGAGCGCCGUCGCAUGAUCAAGGACAUCAUCGUACACAAGAUGGGCUACAAGCUGUUCUUCGUGGAAUCGAUCUGCGACGAUCCCCAGAUCAUCGAACAAAACAUCAUGCUAAAAAUCAGCGGACUUGAGUAUUUGCCACCGCUGGUGUCCUUUAACGGUAUCCAGGAAGUGAAAGUGAGCAGCCCGGACUAUCGCAACAUGAACAUGGACGAAGCGCUGAACGAUUUCCGCCUGCGAAUCGAACACUACCAGGAACGCUACGAACCGCUGGUCGAGGAAAUCGAAACGGACCUGUCGUACAUGAAGAUCUACAACACCGGCGAGAAGGUGGUCGUCCACAAGCACGAGGGACACAUCCAGUCCCGGAUCGUGUACUACCUGAUGAACAUUCACAUCACCCCGAGGACGAUCUAUCUGACGCGGCACGGAGAAAGUGAUCACAAUCUCGAGGGACUAAUCGGAGGCGAUUCGGACCUGAGUGACCGUGGCCGCCGGUACUCGCAAGCCCUAGCCAAGUACAUCGAAGAGCAACAGAUCGAGGGCCUGCGGGUUUGGACCUCGUGGUUGAAGCGCACAAUUCAAACAGUGACCAAUGUCCAGGCACCGCAAGAGCGCUGGAAGGCCCUGAACGAGAUCGAUGCGGGCAUCUGCGAGGAAAUGACCUACGAGGAGAUCCAGUCCAAGUUCCCGGAAGAGUUCAAGGCACGGGAUCAGAAUAAAUUUGCCUACCGCUACCCGCGGGGCGAGAGCUACGAAGAUCUGGUGGUGCGACUGGAACCGGUUAUGAUGGAAUUGGAACGGCAGGGUAACGUUCUAGUCGUAUCACAUCAGGCCGUCCUGCGGUGUGUGCUGGCAUACUUCCUGGACAAGCCUGCGGAUGAACUCCCAUAUCUGAAGGUGCCUCUGCAUACGAUCAUCAAGCUGACGCCGGUGGCGUACGGGUGCAAGGUGGAGCACAUCAAGCUGCCCAUCGACGCAGUGGAUACGCAUCGUGCGAGGCCUGAGGUCGCCGGUUCGUUGGAUUCCAAAUUCGUCACCAAAAAGCUCAAUGAGAUGGCCCUUUAAGCAACAAUAACAGCAUCGAUCGCAUCGGCAGCAAUGGAUUCCUCUCCUUUCUCCCUCUCAUCACGCCGUGUGUCCCAUGUUAUUUUAUUUUUUGUUCUGCUGCGACUUAGUCGAAAGCUUUCAAAACUAGUGUUGGCCAUGACCACCUUAAGCGAAAUGUUUUUUUUUUAGUUUCCUAGUGUUUGUAUAAGUGAUAAUGUUUGUUACGAAGUACUUCAUCGCAUUUUGAUUUAAAAAAUCUACCUGAUUCAUUUCCAUUUUUAUUCGCAUUUAAAAUUUGUUUAUUUUUGUUACUGUAAGCACCAUUUCAAGUCCUUUCACCACCAAAUAUUUGUAUCGAAAUUAGUCAAGAGACUCUUCAAGAGACUUAAUUCUUCCCAAAAUCUUCAAUAAUUAUUAAAAACAAAAACAAAAAAAAAUCAAUCGGAGAUCCCCGAGGGAAGGAAGAUCGCAACAAAUUUACAAAUCAGCGGUGUGAAAUUUUGUGUAUAUUUACAAGGUUCCAUUUUUACCUAGUGAUUUACUUAAGAAAGAAUAAUAAAAAAUAAACGAAAAGACACGCACGUAUAAAUAAAUUAGUAAACCUAACAAAAAAAAAAUAGCUGUUUAAAUAACAAUGAUAUAAAGUAAAACAAAAACAAAACAGGACGAACAAAGUUGUAUAAGUAAAAAAAAAUAAUAAUAUAAAGAGAGACCAUAACUAGGACGUAAGUACUCUUCUACACGUAGUGAGCGUAAACCGUAAUAUUCCUAGAUAAA